UGGGGCUAUAACGGAGCAGUGGAUCUGGCUGCCAUGCAGCCCAUGGUUGCGUCACAUGUCCGCUUCUAACCUAAGCCCAAAAGGAAAAAGAAUAAAAAGGUCGUUGUUGCUUCCAUGCACGUUUGGGAAGUUGUGGAAUCUUUCGUUGGCCAAAGUAGGUACUUGGGUAAUAUGCGAGUGGAUGGAUGGGCUAGAAUCAUUGGCAACGAUGGGUCCCAAGACCGCAGCAGCAGAGCAGCGUGUGCUGGGCCACACACACUUUAUUAUUAUUAUUAUUAAAGGCUUCCCUAACCAGCUUAACUAACCUAAUAAAAUCCAAAAUUCCAGCUUUUG